AUGAACACCACGACUCCCAACAUUACGACGAGCUCCUCUGAGUACGAUCAUUUUCAGAGAAGGCAAGGAGAAGAAGGCAAGGAGAAGAAGGCAAGGAGAAGAAGGCAAGGAGAAGAAGGCAAGGAGAAGAAGGCAAGGAGAAGAAGGCAAGGAGAAGAAGGCAAGGAGAAGAAGGCAAGGAGAAGAAGGCAAGGAGAAGAAGGCAAGGAGAAGAAGGCAAGGAGAAGAAGGCAAGGAGAAGAAGGCAAGGAGAAGAAGGCAAGGAGAAGAAGGCAAGGAGAAGAAGGCAAGGAGAAGAAGGCAAGGAGAAGAAGGCAAGGAGAAGAAGGCAAGGAGAAGAAGGCAAGGAGAAGAAGGCAAGGAGAAGAAGGCAAGGAGAAGAAGGCAAGGAGAAGAAGGCAAGGAGAAGAAGGCAAGGAGAAGAAGGCAAGGAGAAGAAGGCAAGGAGAAGAAGGCAAGGAGAAGAAGGCAAGGAGAAGAAGGCAAGGAGAAGAAGGCAAGGAGAAGAAGGCAAGGAGAAGAAGGCAAGGAGAAGAAGGCAAGGAGAAGAAGGCAAGGAGAAGAAGGCAAGGAGAAGAAGGCAAGGAGAAGAAGGCAAGGAGAAGAAGGCAAGGAGAAGAAGGCAAGGAGAAGAAGGCAAGGAGAAGAAGGCAAGGAGAAGAAGGCAAGGAGAAGAAGGCAAGGAGAAGAAGGCAAGGAGAAGAAGGCAAGGAGAAGAAGGCAAGGAGAAGAAGGCAAGGAGAAGAAGGCAAGGAGAAGAAGGCAAGGAGAAGAAGGCAAGGAGAAGAAGGCAAGGAGAAGAAGGCAAGGAGAAGAAGGCAAGGAGAAGAAGGCAAGGAGAAGAAGGCAAGGAGAAGAAGGCAAGGAGAAGAAGGCAAGGAGAAGAAGGCAAGGAGAAGAAGGCAAGGAGAAGAAGGCAAGGAGAAGAAGGCAAGGAGAAGAAGGCAAGGAGAAGAAGGCAAGGAGAAGAAGGCAAGGAGAAGAAGGCAAGGAGAAGAAGGCAAGGAGAAGAAGGCAAGGAGAAGAAGGCAAGGAGAAGAAGGCAAGGAGAAGAAGGCAAGGAGAAGAAGGCAAGGAGAAGAAGGCAAGGAGAAGAAGGCAAGGAGAAGAAGGCAAGGAGAAGAAGGCAAGGAGAAGAAGGCAAGGAGAAGAAGGCAAGGAGAAGAAGGCAAGGAGAAGAAGGCAAGGAGAAGAAGGCAAGGAGAAGAAGGCAAGGAGAAGAAGGCAAGGAGAAGAAGGCAAGGAGAAGAAGGCAAGGAGAAGAAGGCAAGGAGAAGAAGGCAAGGAGAAGAAGGCAAGGAGAAGAAGGCAAGGAGAAGAAGGCAAGGAGAAGAAGGCAAGGAGAAGAAGGCAAGGAGAAGAAGGCAAGGAGAAGAAGGCAAGGAGAAGAAGGCAAGGAGAAGAAGGCAAGGAGAAGAAGGCAAGGAGAAGAAGGCAAGGAGAAGAAGGCAAGGAGAAGAAGGCAAGGAGAAGAAGGCAAGGAGAAGAAGGCAAGGAGAAGAAGGCAAGGAGAAGAAGGCAAGGAGAAGAAGGCAAGGAGAAGAAGGCAAGGAGAAGAAGGCAAGGAGAAGAAGGCAAGGAGAAGAAGGCAAGGAGAAGAAGGCAAGGAGAAGAAGGCAAGGAGAAGAAGGCAAGGAGAAGAAGGCAAGGAGAAGAAGGCAAGGAGAAGAAGGCAAGGAGAAGAAGGCAAGGAGAAGAAGGCAAGGAGAAGAAGGCAAGGAGAAGAAGGCAAGGAGAAGAAGGCAAGGAGAAGAAGGCAAGGAGAAGAAGGCAAGGAGAAGAAGGCAAGGAGAAGAAGGCAAGGAGAAGAAGGCAAGGAGAAGAAGGCAAGGAGAAGAAGGCAAGGAGAAGAAGGCAAGGAGAAGAAGGCAAGGAGAAGAAGGCAAGGAGAAGAAGGCAAGGAGAAGAAGGCAAGGGAAAGAGUAA